AUGACGAGUGAGCUCAUCUACGGAUGCAUCAGGUGGAAGGCACUGCUGGACCACUUGGUUGCGAGAAGACAAGACGGCAAGAAGAGACAGAAAGCGGCAGUGCAAGUGAUUCUGAGGAUGGGGCUCUACCAGCUCUUCUUCAUGGACAGAGUCCCCUCUCACGCUCUUGUCUCUGAGUGUGUGAACCUUGCCAAGAGUCGGGGCGCCGCAGGGGCAGCAGGGUUUGUCAAUGCGUUCCUCCGGCAGUACGUGCGGGAGCAGGCGGAGACACAGGAGCUCAUCGCAGAGUUGCAGGAGAACAAGCUUCACAUCGGAUGGUCUCACCCGGACUGGCUCGUCAACGAGUGGGUGAAGCGAUACGGCAAGGAGGGAGCACAGCGGCUGCUUUCUUGGAACAACAGCCCAGCUCCCAUCUUUGCCAGGAUCAACCGACUGAAGUCCACCGGCCCGACAGUCCGCAAGUUGUGGGAGCAUGAGCCCAUCACUUUCCGAGACGUGCAGGUUGACUGGUGCGACAGUGAAGACUUGGCUGAGAUCAAGGUCAGCGCGCCCGUUCACUCUCUUGACAGUUUCAAGCGCGGCCUCUUCUACGUGCAGGAUCCAUCGACCCUGCUGUCAGUGAAGGUGCUUGAUCCUCAGCCUGGAGAGAGCAUCCUCGAUCUCUGCUCAGCGCCCGGAGGGAAGUCUUGCUACAUCGCGCAGAGGAUGGAGGACAAGGGCAAGUUGAUCGCCUCGGACAUCGACGAGUUGAGGUUGAACGUGGUGCGAGAAAACAGCGAGAGGCUCGGCAUCACCUGCCUUGAGACCCAACCCGCCUCGGCCAUUGAUCAUAUUCUAGCUGGAGAACAGCCGAUGACGUUCGACCGGAUUCUGAUCGACGCGCCAUGCUCGAACUCGGGGGUGAUCCGGCGAAGGAUCGACGUGCGAUGGCGAAUCUCAAAAGCUGAGAUUGCACAGCUGCAUGAAACUCAGUUCGGACUUCUGAUGAAGGCCGCCAAGGCAGUGAAGAAGGGAGGGAUUAUAGUGUACAGCACGUGCAGCCUCGAGCCGGAGGAGAACGAGCACGUGAUCCGACGUUUCCUCAAGAGAAGCGAGACGCGGUGA